UAAACUCACACGAUACCAGAAAAGAAAGCAGAAGGCCAUCCAAUUUUCACAACAAACUUAAUAAGUAUGUGUAAAGUUCAAUUAAUUCUCAGCAUCGUCAUUAUAAUAGCUGCAGUAGUGGUAGCAGCACCAGAAGGUCGCAUUAUUGGGGGCGAAGUUGUCGAUCCUUGGAAACAUCCAUAUAUAGUGUCCAUAAGAUACAAGGAAAGCGUGAACAGUACAAGUUUGCAUAGAUGCGCUGGCGUUGUAUACAGUCAACAAGUGGUCAUCACUAGUGCUCAGUGUAUAGUACCAUAUGCUCAUUUUGAACGUAUCUAUGUUAAAGCGGCUGGUAAUACACGAACUGGUGUAGAUGGUCAAUUAUAUCCUGUGAAAAAAUGGAUCUCUCAUGAGAAAUAUUCAGUAUGGACAGCUGAUUAUGAUAUCGGCGUAUUGAUAUUGGAAGAACCAUUUAAUUUUAAAAAUUUAGUUAUUCAUCCUAUCGCAAUUAGAAAUAGUUUACCUAGCGCUGGUAAAAUGGCCACCAUUGCAGGUUGGGGUUAUCGUGAAGAAUUUGGACCAUCAUCUUACAAUUUAGAAGAGACUCAAGUACCAAUUGUUAGCUCAGCUGAUUGUAAUAAUAUUUAUAAGGUUAGUGGCGAUGAAGUUACCGAACGUAUGAUCUGUGCUGGUUAUGUUGCGACAGGUGGUAAGGAUGCUUGUCAAGGUGAUACAGGAGGACCAUUAGUGGUAGAUGAUGAAUUAGUUGGUUUAGUCUCUUGGGGGCGUGGUUGUGCACGACCUGGCUAUCCGACAGUAUAUUCGUUGGUUAAGAGUUAUGUGACGUGGAUUGAUAACACAAUUGCAGCAGAAAUAAAUAAAAUAAAUUGAAAACAAUACUAUAAAGAUAUUUAAAAAUGUAUUAUUGUAACUUCGGAAAAGUGUUAUA